AUGGCUACCGAAACACUCUCGGCGUCCAGAACAAUCAAGGCCUACACGCAGGAAGCCACCCAAUCCGCCCAUUUCGCCACACAAUCCGACGCCAGCUUCCAUGCCGAACGCACGCGCCUUCGGACCAGAGCCGUUCUGGUCGGUAUGGCCGUUUUCCUUGGAACCACCGCAAUCGUCAUUCUGAUCUGGUCCGGCGCGCGUCUGGUGUUUGCCGGAACCGUUUCCGCCGGAGAAUUGGUGCAAUUCCUCAUCUUCGCACUGCUCGCAUCAGGCGCGCUGGUCAAUAUGUCUGAAAUUCUGGGGACCCUGCAACUGGUCGCCGGCGCGACCGAACGCUUGUUUGAAAUCCUGAACACCAAAACACGUCUGCAUUUGCGAUCCAACCCCAUUCCGCUGCCCGAUAUCCCCAUCGGACGCCUCGAAUUCAAACAGGUCAGCUUCGCCUAUCAUGCGCGUGAGAGCGAAGUGGUGCUCAAAAAUGUCUCGCUUUGCGCCGAACCCGGCGAAACCAUCGCUAUCGUUGGACUGUCAGGAAGCGGAAAAUCAACAUUGUUCGCACUCGCACAGCGCUUCUACGAUCUCGAUAGCGGUGCCGUGCUGGUCGAUGGAGUCGAUGUUCGCGAUACCGAUAUCAGGACUCUGCGCCGCCGAUUCGCCUAUGUGGAACAGCAUAGUUUCAUCUUCUCAGGAACC